CCUGCGCGGGUGACGCUUUUAAAAUCACAAUCUAAAAUAGAUUCUUAUUCUUACUACCGACAUACAUAUCGGUCAUCGCGUACGCUACAUAUCAUCAAUUUUGAUAAUUCAUAUUGUAACCGCAACAUGUCUCCAUGUUCCAGCAAAAUAACACGACUACAUUAUAACUCGAUGAUGUACUAUACAAAAUAAUAAUAAUAUGUGAUAAUGUUAGUGCACUCUCAACGAAAACUGGGUGGCUGGUAUGAAAAUGUGGUAGUGAUGAUCAUGUUAAUGAAACUUGAGUGAAAAUGACAAUGAGUCAAAGGGGACCGGGGCCUCCAUUCCAUAAUGUGUUCAUUUCAAUUGCAAUUUUGAUUCUUGUAAUAUGCACGACAUUUUCAGCCUCCGAAAAAAGCAAAUAUUAUUCCAUGCAAUCGUUGUGCAAAAAUCAUUUUCUACAACAACUCUAUCGCAAAAUCGAUGGUGCUGUCUUAUGGUCGCAAAAUGAAAGAAAUCUGGACUGCGUUAUCACUUUUCAGACUCAUUCCAUAUUACAAAGAUUUAUGUUAAGAUUCGACUUUUUACAACUCGACUGUAAUGAUCACCUUUAUAUUUACGAUGGAGCACACGCUGUUGGAACUUACAAGUUUGAUUUAUCCUGUAGGAACACGAAACAAACUUUAGGGGCCAUGUUUACUCGCACUAACUACGUUACACUUAAGUAUGUAACGGAUGGAUGGGGCACUGAUUCCAAUGGUUUUAAACUAGUCAUCACGGCUGUUAAAGAUCCUAAACAUGCUUGCACAGAGUUUCGCUGUAAUCUGAGAGAAUUUUGCAUAGCUAACGAUUUGGUUUGUGAUGGAAUUAACCACUGCGCCGACGGCUCCGACGAAUCUUCAAAUACAAUUUGUCAAAAUAACGAGACUGGAACCAUUUUAGGACUGGAAAUGACAUGGUUUGUGGUGACAGUAAUUAGCACACUACUAAUUUUGUUAGUCUGCAUUGUUGCUGUUUCGAUUUGUUUAUGUCGAAAAGGAUGGAGCUCUAGUGCCAGAUCCGGAAACGGAAAUGUGCCACAACCCAAUGCUCCAUAUCCACUUCAACAAAUGUACGGUUCCAACGGCGCGAUGAAGCAAGGUGGGAGCAUGACGACUUUAACGAGUAGCGGUGCCGCCGCCACAGCAGCAACAGCCGCCGCCGUUCAGGGAAACUGGCGCCACCCUGCGGGCCCACUAGGGUUCCGCCUCAGCACGCCGGCCCGGGCCCGCCUCUACUGCCAGGCAAAGUAAGACCGACGCCGACGGCGCCUAACGCGCCCGUAAACGGCGGAGACGCCGAUCUAGUCUCUCAAACACAAAAAGAUGAAUGGUUCGUCUAGCAGUAGAAGCGGCCGAGUCGUAGCCUGCAGGGUGAGUCGAGUGCAGAACCCAGCGCUCGGCCUACGGCAGAUCAGUUACCAAUUAUAUCGACUGUCCUUAGCUACGUGACCUCUCCUCACCGAUAAUCUACAAUUACAACAUAACGAUUCAUAACAAUAGCUUUUUAAAUGACGCACACGUACGUUUUAUUACGAGAAAGAGUGCGUCUUGUAAGUGUGCAAAAGAUUGUUCGUUCAUUUGGCUGUAUUUUAUGUUAUAGACACAAAAAAAUGAACUUUUUGAAGAGGGAGGCUAAAAUAGAUAUUACAUUUGUUGUGAAAGACAAUACUAAAAGCAAACAAGAAAAAAUUAUUCUUAGCCUAAUCUAGUAUUAUACAUAUUUAGAAAAGAUUUUUUUGGGGGGAGGGGGGAGGGGAGGGAGACCGAAUUGUUUGUUUACUGUGAUGUCACACAGCUCAGUACUGCCGACAGAGGGCGCAUUAAUCGUUGCGAGGUUCAAUAAUCAUCCAAGGUUUUGCCCGAACGAUGCGCCACUGAAGAAAGCUUAGGAAACGUAUUCGAAUCAACGCACACAGCCAAUAGACAAAUACGAAUGACACUAUACUACUCUAUGUUUAACUAGAUAGAUGUAACUUUUGUUAGUGGGAAAGCACUGUAUUUGUAUAGCACCAUGGCUGGUCACCGGCAGCCUCUUUUAGAACAAUAAAGCGAAUUUUCAAUUUGUCUAUCCAAAAACGAGUGUAAACUUGUAUGUAUAGAACAAUAAGCUAUUGCCGAUCGGCGGUAUUCUUAGUGUAAUUUUUCUAAUAAAUGGAAAGAUGUCUUAACUUGAAAAACACUCAACAAGCGUAAGACAUUUUUUUUACCAUUUGAAGCAGACAACUCCAAUGUUAUUCUAUACGAAAAUUUCGUACCAUUUUUUACUACUAUAGCAGACCUGAUGACGAGUAUGUUUAUACACAUAUCUACUAGGAAUAUACCUACAUAUAGAAUAGCUUCAGGACGGCUUCAUCAUUUGUAAAUUAUCAACGUAGUACGCUUAUUAUAGUCUUGUGGGCAAAUUUUAUUUUGUGACAAUUGCCUGUCUUAAAUACCCGUCAACAGUAGGUAUACGUUUCUGCCUACUACCUGGCCAAAUAGGUUAAUCGAUACAUGUAUAACAUAUCAGGGACUUUAGGUGUAUUUUUUAUGAUAACGAAUUUGCUCACAAGAAUUUUAUUUUUGUGUAACAAAUAUAUUGUCCGCUACAAUAAAAGGAAAAUAUUGCAGAUGUUUAGCAAACAUUAAUUAUUUAGAACGCUUUUAUUAGAUCUCCGUUUUCGAGCUUUUACAUAAUUAGAAUCACACACGUUGUUUCGUAAUUAGUCCGAGCGAAUUUUUCGAUCGUACUAAUGUUCCAAAAUAUUUUUACAGGGCUUUUCAAACAUUAUGCAAUGAGUUUCUUCAAGAAUUUAUUUAUUUUUUUUUUUAUUUUAACACAUUCCCAUGAAAAAGUUGUAAUUCUAACAGCCUGUAAAACUGUAUUUGGAAACAGCAUGCAUCCUUAUGAUAUGUACUUGACUUCUGCUAUUUCGUUCUUCAAUGUAACACAGUGUUCAUGAUUUUCACGUUCUUUUCAUAUGUAAUUAAUAAUGAUUUUGAGUUGUAGUUAUGAUGACUUUUGCAGUAAAAUCGUCAUCAUAUGUACGACUUAGAAGUAAAUAAAUUUCACCCUUCCCCAUUUACACUGUUGACCAAUGUUAGAAAGUUACAGUCCUUUAGCAAAUGUCAUUAAUAAAUUAAAAUGUCCGUGUGUGUUCUUCAAUGGAGUACAGAAAAUGUUUCUUUAAUAAAAAAUGAACUCUAAA